UUAUGUUUUUACCCACUUAUUUCAAAAUAUUCCUCAAAUAUAUAAACUGGAUACAUGUAUCUAUUUUUGAAGGCUAAUGACCGAGUUGAAAUACCUUCACAUUUACGGGGAUGAUAAAAACAUUUUAUUUAUUGUGCCAAAUUUGGGUAAAUUGCAAGGUUGGUCAUUGAAAGUGCUAAAAAGUUCACAUUUGUUUACUAAAAGUAUUUUAUUCCAUUCGUGGUCACUGAAAGUGGUUAAACAUUUCACAUUUCAUCACUUUCCGUUAGUCUUCGUCAGCCUCCGUUAACACCGUCAAUAUUUUGCUGACGUGACUAACAGAAGUGCCUAAUUAGCCAAAUUUAACCUGCCACAUCAUCAUAAAAUAAAACCCCCUACCCGCCCGUUCAAAAAUCCUAACCGAAGCCCAAACCAUAACCCAUUUUUUGACUCGCCUGACCUAAAAAUUGAGUCAAUCAACAACUCUGCUUUCUUCCUCGGGGCGAAAGAAGAUUGCGAUGAAGAUGAAGGAUGGGUUGUGUUAGUGGAGAUCAUAUAAUACUCUCCUUGCUUGCAACCGGAGCUGGUGCUGGGAUUCACCCCACACUCCGACGCCACUUGCAUCACCAUUCUCAGUCAAGUCAAUGGUGUCGAGGGUUUGCAGGUCAAGACGAGAGGACGCAGAGGAGGAAUCUCUACCGUCCCGCUGAAGCCGCCAUCCGUACCGCCGCCGCCGCUUUUCUAGUCUCCUCAAUUUCCCUGUCCAUCGUUGAAAGCAAAAACCCUACACUGCGAGUUCUUAUACGCCAUUUGAUACCCUCCAAAGUGAGAAGCAAGUUAACUAGUGACUAAGAUUGCAACAAAAAAACCCCAAUUUCUGAUCCAAACUUUCACUUUCAACAGAAUCCCCUCCCAGUCAAAUUGAAUCCUAAAAAACCCCCACCCCUUAUGAAAACCUAGAAAACAAAACCCUAAAUCACAAAGCCCAGCCACCGAACCACACCAACCUCGUCGAAAUACAUCACCCUUAGGGAUUGAAAACCCAUAGUCGGCUUCUUCAUCAUCUCGUUGGGUGGGUUCUUGUGGCGGCCCCCAAUUCGUACCCAAGCGUCAAUACCAAUCCCUAAUGCCCAAUGUGAGAGGAACAACGUAACUAGGCAUUGGUUUGCUUUGUAUGCAAAUGUUGGUGGGUUCUAUCUUGUGUCUCUACAUAGUCGAAGAAUCUGGGAACACACACAGGGAGAUGGGGAAAAGGGGGUCACGAGUUCUAUCUUGAAGCAGUGACAGGGAUGACUUUUGGGUGGGAAAAGGGGUUCAUGGGUUUGAUUGGUCAAAAGAGAAAGGUUGGGUUAUGGGUAGGGCUUGGGUUAGGAUUUAUGAUGUGGUGGGUCGGAUAUUAUGAUGUGGCAGGUUAAAUUAGGCUGAUUAGGGAAUUCUGUUAGCCACGUCAGCAAAAAACUGACGGUGUUAACGGAGGUUGACGAAAACUAACAGAGAAUGACCAAACAUGAAACAUUUAACCACUUUCAGUGACCAUUAACGGAAUAAAUACUUUUAGUGACCAAACAUGAAUUUUUUAGUACUUUCAGUGACCAUCCUUGCAAUUUACCCCAAAUUUAAUUAAAAAACAACAUAUUAAAAUUUCCUUAGGUCCUCAUUAUUUAGAAUGGUACAUUGUUUCAUAAAACUUUUACUUGAAUUUGUGGUGUUGGGGUAAUGUAGAGGGGGGAAGAUGUUUUCUUACGAUUUGCGCACCUUGAUCCGGAGAGGGGCGUUGAUAUAAUUAUGGUAAUCUACGGAUUAGUGGACUAACUCUGAAAGAUGUGUUUCCUAAGGUUGUUGGAGCCGCAGCCUACCCAAAUCACCGCGUUUCUCAAUCUUUUUAAUUAGAAGGAUAGAGUUUUUCGUGGGAAGUGUUAUGUAGAAAUCAAGUUAUAAUUCUAGUAUGCUCUAAGGUCGUAUUCCUUAAGGUCUUGUAAUGCAUAAUCAUUUACACCAUAUCAUCUAUUCUACACAAAAUAAACAAGCAUCUUUAGGGGUUUUCAAUCAAUCAACAAGGAAAGGAACGUAAAACAAGAAAAGGUAAAAUUGUUUAGGUUUUUUUUCAAAUUAUAGAUGCAUAAAAUUAAAGAUACAUUAUUGUAAAGAAGGUAAAUCUCGAGUUACAUCAUGCAUGUGCCUCUCUUGCAAUAGAGAGUUUAAACUAGCUAAUGACUGAGGGUGGGACUCUUUGAGUCAAAUUCAAUGGUCUAUAGCAUUGAUGAUCUAAAACUCAAGCAUUGAUACUACUAGAGGUAUAGAUAGUUAAUCGUUCCCUCUAUACUCGUGUAACAUCAAUGGGAUAUCACUAGAGUUAAUUUCUUAAUAACCUGGAUGAUACUACACACAAAGCAUAUAGUAGCACACGAUAGAGGUAAGACAAAGAAAACGAUGAUAAUGAA